AUGCAGAGGGGCACUGGUUUCCUGUUUCUGUCUUUAAUCCUUUGUGCCACCCUGUCAGAGACAUUCGGAUUGGUUUUCUCAGCAAAAGAAAAAAGGGGCUGGACUUUGAACAGUGCCGGUUACCUACUUGGUCCACAUGCAGUAGAUAACCACAGGUCUUUGAAAGACAAGAACAGUUUCACUGGGAAGCGUGAAGUACAGCCUGACCAGGAAGGCAAAGCAGGGGCUCUUGGAAGACCACUGGCUGAUGAGAACGUUGUACGCACAGUAAUUGAGUUUUUGACUUACUUGCACCUUAAAGAGAUGGGAGCGCUUGACAAGCUACCUUCAGCAGAGGAAGCAAACAAGCCCUGA